UCAUAGCAAGAUUCCCGUAAACACGCCCAUGCCUUGGAUUUAGGAGCCGUUUUCGGAAAUGUUUCCCACACGAACUUCUGUAAUCGUCAUCGUCACAUUUAAACUUUUCAUCUGAAGUUUCCAGCUCUGAUUUAUUCAGUUGUUGGUGUUUCUCUCUAAAGAUAUUUGACGACUGAGAGUCAGAAUGAUGAACUGCGGUCUCGUGACUGAGCAAAAACAGCCAGUUCCUCUGAAGAGCAUCAGUGUUGAGGUGCAGGUGAAGAGUCAUGUAGCCACAGUCACCUCCACUCUGCAGUAUGUGAAUGAGGAAGAGCGCCACCUGGAGGCCUUGUUUGUGUUUCCUCUGCCUGCUGAUGCUGCUGUCUGUCACUUCAGUGCCAAGAUCGGAGAUCAGGAGAUUGUAGCAGAGGUUCAAGAGAGACAAACUGCGAGGGAUCGGUAUGAUGAUGCUGUGAGUUUGGGUCAGCAGGCGUUUCUGUUGGAAGAGAGUGAAGAAAGUUCUGAUGUGUUCAGUCUGAGUGUUGGGUGUCUGUCACCGGGUCAGAACGCUGACAUCACCAUCACAUACAUCACUGAACUCUCUGUGCAGGCCGACCACUCGCUGCGCUUCUGUCUGCCUGCUGUACUCAACCCCAGAUACACACCAGCAGGUUCAGAUGCUGGAAUAGUUUCAGAGAUUUCGUCAUGUGUCUCUGUUCCCUACACUUUGACUCUUAGUGUUCAUGUGAGCUCUCCAAACCCCAUCUCCAAACUAGAGUCCAACUGUACUCUGGAUCCUCUUGUGUUCCUCAACUCUGAUCACACUCAGGCAACGGUGAAUCUGAGUUCUGGUCACAAGUUUGAUAAAGAUGUUGAGUUGUUUCUGUACUAUCAGAAUACCCAUCAGCCCACUGCUAUAGUGGAGGCAGGAGUGACCACUGCAAAACCAGGUUCUCUGAUGAGUGACCCAGUGGUGAUGAUAAGUUUGUACCCAGAAUUCCCAGAGGAAGUGAUGUCAUCAUUAGCAACUCAAGGCGAGUUUAUUUUUGUGAUUGACAGAUCAGGCAGUAUGCGCUGUAUGAUGCAUAAUGGGGAAGGAGCACAGAUGCGUAUAGAAAGUGCAAAGGAAACUCUGCUGUUACUGUUGAAGAGUCUGCCCAUGGGCUGUUACUUUAAUAUCUAUGGAUUUGGCUCUCAUUUUGAGUCCUUCUUCCCUCAGAGUGUUUUGUACAAUCAGGACACAAUGGAUCAGGCACUGAAAAAAGUCAAUGAAAUGACAGCAAACAUGGGCGGCACAGAGAUUUUACAGCCCCUAAAACAAAUCCACAGUCAACCCUGUUACCCUGAACACCCCAGACAGCUGUUUGUCUUCACUGAUGGAGAGGUGGGGAACACUAAAGAGGUUCUGGAUCUUGUGAGACUUCAUGCGAAAUCUCACAGGUGUUUCUCAUUCGGGAUUGGUGAGGGUGCAAGUACCGCCCUCAUCACAGGAAUGGCCAAAGCGGGAUCUGGACACGCCCAGUUCAUCACAGGCACAGACCGCAUGCAACCCAAAGUGAUGGAGUCUCUCAGGUUUGCUCUUCAGCCUGCAGUGAACAAGAUCUCCGUGAAGUGGAAAGUACCAGAUGGCAUUACUGUUGAUACGCUGUCUACACCCAUCAAUGUGCUCUUUCAAGGUCAAAGGUCACUCAUUUAUGCCCAACUUAAAGGACAGAGUUCAGAAAGCUCUGAAGGAUCAGUGAUAGUUCAAUACAACCUGAAAGACCAACCAGUGACAAACCAGCUUCACUUCUGCCUUAAACCAACUGAGGACACUGGGUUGUCCAUCCAUCGACUGGUGGCCCGGUCUCUGAUCCGCUGUCUGGAGCAGGAGGAGAGGACAGGAGGUGUAGAUGUGGAGGAUAUCAAGAGGAGGAUGGUGGAGAUCAGUGUUGAAGCAGGAGUGAGCAGUGUUCAUACAGCCUUCAUUGCCAUUAAUAAACACAACAGAGAGGUUGUGAAAGGACCUCUGAUACAGAGAAGAGUACCAACACAAGUUAUGCGUCGAACUACCGGUAUGUACAUGUCAAGAAUUAGAAGGUCCUGUUCUUCAAAUUCUGCUCGAUAUGAAUCUGCUAAAUCACCGGAUAUUAAAAAUAGUUUUGUGGGAUUAGGGGCAGAUUCCAAUUCACCACAAUGGGAUUUUGCUCGAUCUGAAUCUGCUGCACAAGCCCUGCCUGAAUUACCGGGUAUUGACGAUUAUUCUCAGAUAUUCGAAGCAAAGUAUAGAUCCAAGAGAAAGGCAGAUUCUGAUUUACCACAAUGGGAAGAACCUGAUCUCCAUAAGGAUCCUUUACUUCAGCUGAUUUCUCUUCAAAAAGCUUCAGGCUGCUGGGAACUGAACGCUGCUUUGGCGCAAGUGUUUGGAAAGACUGAAGAUGAGCUGACCAAUCAGAAACCAGCACAGGUGGAUGGGUCAGUGUGGGCCACUCUUCUGUCUCUCAUCUGGUUAUACGGCUAUAAAAUACAGCAACAGAUUGAGUGGCAGUUUGUGGCCAUGAAGGCGGCGUCAUGGAUCGGCUCUCAGAACGUGGUCAGUCUGUCUCAGUGUGUGUGUGAUGGGAAUCAUCUACUGGGAUGUCAGGUGAAAGAAGAGACUUUGGGAAUCUGAAGACUUCAGUGUUUCUACUUCCUGUGAUGUCAGGAGGCCAAAGAUCCCUUAUGAAUAUUAAGUUUAUUUACAGUAUUAGCUGUUUGUGUUUUUGCUUUUCAGAUAAACAUGUUUUAGACCAAUUCCUGUUUUUCUUGUCUAGCAGUCUUUAUAGCAUGCAUCUUAAAAUAUAUCAGUGUCAUUGUUUUGUCUCAAGAUGGACACCAAUAGUGUCUUUGGAAGGCUUGUUUUUAAAAACCACUUUUAGAGUCUAAUGAGACUUCUUACUUUAAGACAUAUUUAACUUUUGAAAUGAAAAUUAACAAAUCUGAAAACCUUUAUGUAAAACUGUUUGUUAUAUUUUAAAUGUUUUUAAUUAAAAAUGAUGUACCUUAAAACGA